AACUGGAUAAAAUGGUGAGAUGGAUCGUUAAUUCGGGCUGGUUUCGGGGAGUUUCCCGCUGACUAACCGUUUCCAUAAAGACGCUCAUGUGAUGUAGCGCGUCACGGGUGAAGCCGCUCUCGGUGCGGAACUGAACGCAAACAAGGAAAAGCUUCCCUUCAUCAAGAGCCACGACAAAAACAGAGCUCCCCGAUUUACUGACAGAGUCGACGGUGGUCUGUCCAUCAUGCUUGGUGGUGGAUUUAAGGCAGAGAGACUUCGUGUCAAUCUCAGACUUGUCAUAAAUCGCCUCAAACUCCUUGAGAAGAAGAAAACUGAAUUGGCCCAGAAGGCACGUAAGGAGAUUGCUGACUACUUGUCAGCAGGGAAAGAUGAGCGAGCACGGAUCAGAGUGGAGCACAUCAUCAGAGAAGAUUAUCUGGUGGAGGCAAUGGAGAUCCUCGAGUUAUACUGUGAUCUGCUGCUGGCACGCUUUGGCCUAAUCCAGUCUAUGAAAGAGCUUGACCCUGGCCUUCAAGAAGCAGUGUCCACUCUAAUCUGGGCUGCUCCACGACUGCAGUCAGAAGUCUCAGAACUCAAAAUUGUUUCAGAUCAGCUGUGUGCCAAAUACAGCAAGGAGUACGGCAAGCUUUGUAGGACAAAUCAAAUUGGAACAGUCAAUGACCGACUCAUGCACAAACUGAGUGUGGAGGCCCCACCUAAAAUCCUGGUGGAGCGUUACCUCAUUGAGAUUGCAAAAAACUACAACGUUCCUUAUGAACCUGACGCUAUGGUUCGGCCAGAAGUGUGCCAAGGAGAAGAGGCUGAUCUCAUAGAUGUGGACAGUGACUUCAAGAAGCCUGGUGGUGGAGGUGGAGGUGGUGGAGGCUUCACUGCUCCUGCUGCUACUAUUCCCAUGCCCAUGCCAAUGCCAAUGCCUAUGCCCAUGCCUACAGCCUUCAACUACCCUCCACCUAAGGGAGCUGAGCCUUUUAAUGGUCCUGUUGGCAACUAUGAUGGCUUUGGCAACUUCCAGCCUCCGGUGAGAGGAGGGCCCCCUCCGCAGCUUCCAAGUUGCCCCCCCACUUAUGAGUCUAUUGAUGACUUGGCUGUGAAACCAUCUGAUUCUCCCCAGGUUGUCCCAGGCCCUGGCCCAUCUUCUCAGAUCUACGAUAACAAUGCACUUCCCGAGCUCCCCUCGGUUCCUGACACACUCCCUGCCUCCUCCUUGGGUGGGAACACCACCGCUUCAGAUGACAUUGACUUUGACGACCUGUCACGACGCUUUGAGGAGCUGAAGAAGAAGACCUAAUCCCUCAGAUGCCCGCUGUGCCCGCUGUAUUAUCCUGUCGAUGGAUCCUUCAAGAGAUGCAAAGAGCCCUGGUCAGAUAUCUACCCAAAAUCUUCAUCUGCAGCAAUGAUUUCUAAUCAUUACAGACAUCUGUAUAACCUUACCUCAUUCAAAAACACAGUGGUGUCUUUCUGGUGUACUUCUGGUGGAGGUUUAGUAAUUUAAUCAUAACUUGGAAAUGAAGGAUGUGAUGGAGUUUGAACAUUUGUGAACUAUACUGGCAGAAAUUUGUACACCAUUGUUUAGACUUUUCACAAAAAACUAUUGGUAUAUAAAAAAAUGGAGAAACCCUUUUUAAGCACUUUGCAUAUAAGGCCUUUCGGAGAGCUAGAUGAAGUUAGUCAUCUGUAAUGUAGUAUAGCCAGUGCAUUGCCACACCCAGGUGGCAUGACAUCAUUGUCAUUUGACCUUUUAGCUUUGUCACUUUCAAGUAGGUAGGAGUGCCAUCAGUGGGGAAUGACAUUUGAAAUACAUAAGAGUUUAAACCAAAAACAUAUAACUUUGUUGCGUGGAUCUGUUUAUAGGGAGUCAUCAAUCUUUUCCGGUAGUUUAAAGGACAGGCUGGUUUAACCUGUUGUCAGAUAACAUCCACAGUAGUGGUAGGAUUGUUCUGAAUGACUGGUAUUCACCCUGCACUCUACGUCAUUACUGAAUGGGGUUUAUCAGCUGUCAUGUGCGAAUGACUUGCAGAAUGUCUUUGGAAUAACCCAGCUAGAGGAGUUGUGGACAGCAGUUUGUCAGUUUCUUGUUUCUACUGUAUUUCAAGUCAUUAUUUAUCAAUCUGCCAUAAGCAGAGCAUGAUUGUUCUAGAUUUUGCUGGCUUUCAAAUUAAACUGACCAAUUCUUUGUGUUUAUGUUAAUUGUUGGGAGUUUCACUUUCUGUUUAGAGCUUAUGUCAUGAUAAAGAAUGCUGUAGACUUGUGGUAUGAGUGAAUAGCCUGAUAGAUAGGUGAGACACCACCUGACUCCUGUGAAGUGUAAUUCAGGCUGUGGAGAACUGAAUGUAACAGGUCUAGGAUGGCUCACACUCCUGUUAGUGCAUUUUGUGUUCUUGCCCCACUGCAUUUACAUUUUGCCUUUGUUCUGACCUGAUCAUCUGUGGCCUUGCCAUUCUACUCCUUGCUGUGGGAAAUGUGACCAUCCCGUCAGCCGGUGCAGUGAAUACGACAUUCAGAUCACUAACUGUAUAUUAGUCUUUUCUUCGGUGAAGGUUUUCAUUUUAUUAUUAUUAUUAUUAUUUUUUUUUUGUUUGUUUGUAUGAAUUCACAUUUGUUUCUGGUUUGCGUUAGUAAUAUUUUUUGAGAUAGGAAGAAUUGGUUAAUAUGUUUUAUUUGUGUUGUUUCUCUGCCUUUGGUGUUUGCUUUUUUCCUGCAGCCAUUUAUUUUCUCCUCUGAAAAUGAGGCCUGUAACACUACUGCACAGCAACCCCUUGCGGUCAGUUAAUGGAGCAAUAUGGGGAAUAGUAGGAGUGCUUGAUUCUAAUUUUAACAUGUAUUGGAAACGUAUCAGAUGGUCAUAUAAUAAAGUAUAUUUGCUCAUAUCGUUUCUCACGCUACUACUAAAUAAUGGUUUUAUUAAAGGACUACUUUGAAUCUUU